UUAUACCUUUUUAGUUAGAUAAUUUUGCAUGGUAAGCUUGUAUUGUAGAUUUCAAUAUACCUAUUUUAAUAAAAGUAUUUAUAAUUUAAACUUUUAAUAACUGGCGGUGAACUUACAAUUUAUAAUAAAUAAUAAUAAAAUGAAUAAUAAUUUUAAACCAAAGCGACGAAUAGAUAGAUUGCAGUUAGCUGAAUAUUUUAAUAAUUUAUCAAUUUCUUAUAAUGACGCUAUUCAAUUGAAAAAUAGGGAUGAAGUCGUUUGUAAUGCAGCAUUGGAAUUUUACGGAGAGAACACAUAUUUCACGAGAGUCAAUAUUUUAAGAAUUUUAAUAAGAAAUACCGAUCAAAUCUCACGUUUUUUUAAAAAUAUUCCAUCCCUAUCAACAUCUAGACAGUCAGUAGAGUCAGUAGACACAUUUAAUAAUAGUAAUAAUAUUAAUGAUAAUGAUAUUAAUAAUAAUUAUGAUAGAGUUUUUAAUGAUUUUGAAAAUACUAGUCCUUGCGUUACAGAUGAUGAGAUUGAUAUUGAUAUACCUAUACGAAACAUGUUUGAAAAUAGUUUUAAAUUAUCGCGUGAUAGACAAAUAUUGCCCGUUGGUUGCAAGAAUGUAUUUAUAGCGAAUAAAUCUAUUGUUGAUAAUAGAAAGCGCACCUAUAUUUGUCCAAUUUUUGAGGGAGAUUUUUAUAUUUCUAAAGAAGAGUGGCAUUCAAUCUAUCAGGGUGGGAAUAAAUUAAAGGAAGGAAUUUAUGUUUAUUUUCUUAAAGAAAAACUUUUUGAAUUUGUAAAUAAUGUAUGCGUUAUAAAUGUUAGGAGUUAUUAUUUUUCGAAAAAUUUAUCAAAUUUAUGCAUUUAUGCUUAUUGUGGUCACAUCGAAUGUAAAUCAUUUGUAUUUAAAAUUAGCUUUCAUAACAAUAUGGAUCAACCUCUAUACCAUUUUAAAGUUUUCAGUUCGUGUGUUGAUUAUUGUCAUUCGAAAUUGUUGACCAGACAUGUAAAGGGAAUAGAAAGAAAAUUAUUAGGGGAUAAAUAUAAAAAUAAAAAACCUUUACACAUGGCUACGGAUUGCAUUUUAAAAUCUAGUAAAAAUAUUUUAGAGAGUAAUCAUUUACAAAAAAUUAAAUCUCACGGCGUAUAUAGAAACAUAAUUUCGGAUAAUAAAAGAAAACUUGAUCGCGAUUCGGAUGAUGUAAUUGAUCUUCUAUUAAUGAGGCGUGAAAAUCCAAAUUAUAUCCAGCUUGUUGGGGAACCUCUAUUUGCUUAUGUUCAUGGAGAGGAACAAAUGUUUUUAUUAAAAAAUGCAAUUAGGGAUGCGCACCCAUUAAAAAAAAUAACUGCAUAUGUUGAUGCUACCGGAUCCAUAGUAAGAAAACCUAAAACAGUCGAAACCAAACGAAUUUUGUUGUAUUCUAUAGUUAUUCGCCUAAAAGACAGUUCAGGAGAAUCCGGUACGGUGUGUUCGGUUUCAGAUUUCAUUUCCAGUCGACACGAUAUAACGACAAUUUCGGCGUGGUUGUCACAUUUUAAAACGUUUUGGACAAAUUUUUCUAUGACUUGGCCAAUUUUUGAUAGAGUCGUAACCGAUUUUAGUAUGGCAGAACUAAACGCGCUAAGUCAGGCUUUUAAUGAAAUGUCUUUCAUCGCCUAUAUUAAUAAUUGUUACAAUAUUAUAUAUAAUAAUGGACAGAAUAAUAAUUUAACUCAUUUAGCUUUGUGUUGCGCUCAUUUAAUGAAAAUUUUUGUAAAUUGUAUAAAUAGUCAUUAUAACGAUAGUAACGUAGGGACAAUUUUAAAAGAAUCGUUAGCCGCGGUAUCUAAUAUGAAAACUAUUCGGGAAGUAGAACAAUGGUUCGAAUCAUUCACUGUUUUAACAUGUUCGAAACUUGAAAGUCUUGCAGUAAUUUACGCGAAAAAUAACAUCAUAAAUUUAAAUAUUGGACAGGCUAUUAUUGUCAACGAGGAAAUAGAAUUAACGUUUAAAACUGAUUCAAUUAAUAAUAAUAAAAUUAGAGACAGCACUUAUAAAAGUUCGUUAUUUUAUAAACAUUUUUGUCUAAUGAAGGAUAAAGUUUUAAUUAAAGUAAAUAAUGACGGAAUCGGGACACAAAAUAAAUUUUAUAGUCCAAAUUUUUACAACGAUAUUUUAGUACGAUUUAUAACUUACUUGCCUUUAUGGACAAGUAUCGUUAAUGGAGAGAGAUCGUGUAAUGCGCCAAUCGAAAAAUAUUUUGGUACUUUAAAAAAUAGCUUAUUUAAUAAUACGAUGCCCGAAAAGUGUUCACGCGUUAUACGGGGUAUUAGAAAACAUAUUGUAAGUAUUUUUGAAAUGAAAAAAUUUAACAUUGGUAAAAGCCAAUGCGCGUCGAAAAAACGAAAGCGCGAAAUUUGUGAGGAAGGAUGGAAGAAGAAAUCUAAAAGGGUUCAUUCAUAUUAUAAGGCAUUAUAUUCAAAUAAAUUAAAAUCGCAGGAGAUUGUCAGUCAGGUAAAACAUUAUAUUCCAUUGCAAUUUUUUUCGAAUGGAUUAAUAAAAUCAAAGAAUUAUUACUCUCAAACUCGAAGCCACGAAUAUGCCGUGUGUCGCUUUGAGAAUAAUGUAUUUUUUCAAAAUAUAUUAUAUUCUGCUUCUUUUCGAACCUUACGAGCUUCCUGGGUAAUAGAACAGAAUGAAAAGUGGUUGGAUAAUUUUGUUAUUGAAUUCAGUAUUAGUUUGUUUAUCAAUAAUAAUCCGGAUUAUUGUCUUUUAUCAUGUGCGAUUAGUAAGGAAAUUGACAAAGAAAAGCGUGGUAUAGCGAAUAAAAUUGAAAAUCUUAAUAACUCGGCUACAAAAAUUUUAAUGGUAUUUAACCAGGGGAAUAAUCAUUGGGUCCUUAUUUACGUUGAUUUAAAAAACGGUACUUUCGGAUAUUUAGAUCCAAUUAAUAAUAGUAAUGGGAGAAACUUUUUUCAAAAAUUUUUAACGUUUUUUAAUAAGUAUAACUUAAAAUAUUUUGAUUCUACGGUUCGGACAGAUUUAAAAUUAAACACCUAUCAGUAUCCAUUGCAGAAUGACAAUGUUAAUUGUGGGGUUUAUUGCAUUUAUUAUGCAAAAUGUUUAAUUAAUAGUGAAACCUUUUCCGAAACAUUUAAUCCAGAGACAUAUCGCGAAUGUUUGCAAGAAAUGUUAUUGUUAUCUGCAAAAGAUAUGCGCGAAUAUUGUUUAUAUUGCGGUUCUGAUGAAAGUUUUAGGGAAAUGAUUUAUUGCGAAAUGUGCCAACGAUUCAUUCAUUUAAGAUGUAUAAGGAAUAGAGAUGGAACGUUUCAGAAACCUCCAGAAGAAGAAUUUUUUAUUUGCCAAAUUUGUUUAGAAUUUAAGAAAGAUAUUUCAUAGAAAUUAAAAUUAAAAUAUAGUAAGUACAUUUGCGCCCAGGAGGUCAAGGGAUCGGCUGUAAGGGGAUGGAGGAGGCCUUUUAAAUGUACUUGCUAUAUCUUUGUGUUUUAAAAAAUUCUUCUGUUAAACAUAUUUCAAUAAAAAGAUGUGCAUACUGACUGACUGAUUUUAAAAUCUUUAACAAAAAUUAUAUUUUUAUUUUAUAAAUCACCGAG